AUGCUUGAGCGCCCAAAGGCUACUGAUGUCAAAUUGGGAACCUUGAUGGGUGUAUUUUUGCCAUGCUUGCAAAAUAUACUGGGGAUCAUAUACUACAUUCGGUUCACUUGAUACUUGCGACAUUUCUCAACUAUAACACCCCUGAAUUUCGAGUUGCUAAUUAAAUUAAAUAAUAUCAAAAUUCUACAGAAAAUUCGGCAGAGCUCCGUCUGAAAUAUGGACGGCCUAAAAUUCAAUUUAGGACUCGCGUCCAAAUUAUGAACCUGUAUGAAUAAUCCAGCAAACCAAGUUCUCCAAAAUCCUUAUCCAGCUCAAAAGUCAAUACAUCCAUGCAUAUGUACCCGAAAUCCAAAAGUGUUAUUCCACGGUUAUUGCAGGAAUAACUGUUAAGGGUAACUACCUAACUAAAUUAAUGUUAAAGCAACAACUAAAUUAAACUAUUACAAUCCAAACGUGUAAAGGUUUAAGUAAAUUAAUAUUUACAACCUUAAGUUCCAAAAUGAUGAUAUAUAUAUAUAUAUAUAUAUAUAUAUAUGUGGUGCAGCGAAAAUAGAACUACUAUAUUUCAACUAAGCUAGUGGAACUUUGCUCUCAGCCCACACCCCACUUGCAAAUCUUCAUGUACCUCCAUAUAUCAGGCAUGUAGUAUCAGCCAAACUGGCUGAGCAAGAUUUCAUACUAAGAAGCCAAACAUAUAUGCAGGUAGGAUAUAACAAACAUAUUCUACAUAUCAUUUACUUUCAAAACAUAAUACUAAAUACAACUUUAUAAAACCCGUUUUUCUUUCUUUGUAUUUCUCUCAAAAACGUAUACAUUCUUUCUUUUUCUUUUUGAAACCAAAUCUUUUCUUUCCUUUUCCUUUUGAAACCAAAUUCUUUCUUUCCUUUUUCUUUCACAAAAUAUAUUAAUAGUCUCAAAGUUAUAAAUCUAGAGAAUGGAACAACUUUUAUUUCCAUUGGGCUAGCUAGACCCUCAGGAUAAAACUAAGACAAAGAUUCCUAGUGUGCACACCCUACAAACGCCCAAACCAUAGCAGAAGAUCAGAGUCCGAGGUACUGAUCAACGUACCCCCACAAACUAUUCUAUAAAAUCGAGCCAAACCCGACAAAGUUCCAUUCUUUGAGAUGCCACACAGGCAAUCACCACAACUUUAAAAACACAAAACUAUUUGAUAUAAUCUUUCCAUAAACUUUCAUUAACUUUCUAUUUGUAGUUCGGAAACCAACAUCUUUAUCUUUGGGGGAACAUCCUCCCUUACCAACCAAACUUUCUAUUAAUAGAGGAAUAUCCUCCUUUUCAAACCACUUUCAACCAAAAUGAGAUACAUACCUCUUCAAAACUCUUCUCUAACUACAAAAGUUUUAGUAAGAAAUCUUACCUUUUGAAAUACAGCAAAUCAUUUAUGUCAAGCAGUGAAUACGGCUCCUCAAUGAAACCGGAAUCUACAAUAUAAACAUAUAUGUACUCAUUAAGUAAUAAUAGACUUGACUUAACUAGUUAAUGAGCUUUGCUUAACUCUAGUUUUAUAAAUUAUGAGCCUCACUUCAAAUGACAUAACUAACUAAUACUAACAAUACUAAAAUCUCUCUUAGUUUAUAUAAAACCAACACAUAAGCUUCAUAAUAUAUAUUUAGAUACUUAAAAAUCCAUUAGGAAAAACAUUCAAACUUAAAAUACUCGAAAACAGAUUUAUUAAUUUCAGCAGAAAAUUAAAAUGGGCAUAACUUUCUCAUUCGAACUUCGAAUCAAGCAUUUCUUGAGCCUAACUUUUGUAUUUUUGCAAAAAAUGCCCGGAAACUGUUGAAAAACAUGAAUUACGAAACUGACCAGUGAUUUCUACGAAUUUCAAGUCUUGUUCAUAAACUCAUUAUUAUCAUGAAACAAUCUCACUCAAUCAAACUACACCCAACAUUCACAAUCAAAAACCCUCAAUUCAAUUUCAAUUAUAAAAACCCGAACUCAUAUACUUUCAGAAAACUAAAAUUAAAUUAAGAACUUAACUUACCCACUACUAUGGAAGAUUAAUGGUGAAAAAAGCUUGUGAAAUCGACCCUUAAAACGCAUCCCAAACCUCAAAAGCACCGAAUUCCGACUUUUUUGUUAAACCUAUUCCUCACGGUGCCACUUGAGAUUGUUGUGUUGUAGUUGAGGCGCCGGAAAGAUAGAGAGGUUGAAGGUGGUAGUGUUCUUUGUGUGAUGAAGAUUGUGAGAGCUUGAUGGAGAGGAUGAAGAUGGAAGGAAACGUUAUGAACGCAAGUUUGUUUCCUUUCUUUUCUUUUCUUUUCUUAUUCUUUUAUUUUCCCCCUUUCCUUUUUAACAUGAAUACUAUUCCUUUCCUUUUUCCAAAUAACUAUAUAGAUAUAUAACCUUUCUUUAUUAAUACUUAAACUCCUCACUAAACUUAACCCACUAAAUUCAUAAACAUUUAUAUUUUUAUAUAUAUAUUUUUUAAAAAUAAGUCCUACAUAAAAAUAUUAAAUAUGAAAUAAUUAAAAGAAAUAAUUUAUUUUCAGUAGAAUAAAUAUUAAUUAUAUUCCCAAAAACUGGGGUGUUACAAUCUACCCCCCUUAAAAUAAGUUUCGUCCUCGAAACUUCAAACUAUUCUUAAGCUCGUGGAGAAAAUCCUAUCAUUUUUCAAAACCUUAGCUCAUUAACUUUGUAUAUUAAGCCAACUAUCUAUUAUCAAAGUACAAAGGAUAAUACCUAUAUAUUAUCAAACUUCCACAUAAACUAUCAUACUAACUUUCAAGUAGAAUCAAACACAUACUAUCAACAUGCCAUUAACUUUCAAGUCGAAUCCAACUCUCGAUACAAGUCAAACACGUCCUAAAUGUUUAUGAAUGUAGUGGGUUAAGUUUAGUGAAGAGUUUAAGUAUUAAUAAAGAAAGGUUAUAUAUCUAUAUAGUUAUUUGGAAAAAGGAAAGGAAUAGUAUUCAUGUUAAAAAGGAGAGGGGGAAAAUAAAAGAAUAAGAAAAGAAAAGAAAGGAAACAAACUUGCGUUCAUAACGUUUCCUUCCAUCUUCAUCCUCUCCAUCAAGCUCUCACAAUCUUCAUCACACAAAGAACACUACCACCUUCAACCUCUCUAUCUUUCCGGCGCCUCAACUACAACACAACAAUCUCGAACUAGCGGCAAGUGGCACCGUGAAGAAUAGGUUUAACACAAAGAACACUACCACCUUCAACCUCUCUAUCUUUCCGGCGCCUCAACUACAACACAACAAUCUCGAACUAGCAGCAAGUGGCACCGUGAUGAAUAGGUUUAACAAAAAAGUCGGAUUUCGGUGCGUUUGAGGUUUGGGGUGCGUUUUAAGGGUCGAUUUCACAAGCUUUCUUCACCAUUAAUCUUCCAUAGUAGUGGGAUUGUUGGUAUGGCAGGCAUAGGUGAGUCCUUAUUUCUCGUGUCAUUCUGCUGCAUGUGCACGUUCUUGACAGCGGUGUCAUUAAGUGCAAUUGCGACAAAUGGUGCAAUGAAGGGUGGGGGACCAUAUUAUCUCAUUGGUCGUGCUCUUGGUCCAGAAGUUGGCGUCAGUAUAGGGCUUUGUUUCUUCCUAGGAACCGCAGUAGCUGCAGCUCUCUAUGUGUUAGGAGCUGUUGAAACAUUUCUUAGUGCUGUGCCAGGUGCUGGGAUUUUUACAGAGACCAUUACAAGGGUGAAUGGCACAACAGUCAGCCCCAUACACCAACCAAGUUUACAUGAUCUACAAAUUUAUGGGAUUGUUGUGACCAUCAUCCUCUGUUUUAUUGUUUUUGGUGGUGUCAAGAUGAUCAACCGAGUAGCUCCCGCUUUCCUUAUACCAGUUUUGUUCUCGAUGCUCUGCAUAUUUAUUGGAGUAUUUGCAUCUGGAACGGACAAGCCUGUCGAGGGAAUUACCGGCUUGAGUUUAACAACGUUCAAAGACAAUUGGAGUUCCGCUUACCAAAUGACUAAUCAAGCUGGCAUACCUGAUCCCAAUGGUUCGGUUUACUGGAAUUUCAAUGCAUUGGUUGGCCUUUUUUUUCCUGCUGUUACGGGUAUCAUGGCUGGUUCAAAUCGCUCUGCCUCACUAAAAGAUACUCAGCAUUCAAUCCCUGUUGGAACAUUGGCUUCACAACUCACAACAACUGGUCUAUAUCUGAUCUCAGUUUUAUUGUUUGGUGCUUUUGCGACCAGGGAAAAGCUUCUGACUGACAGAUUACUUACAGCAACAGUUGCUUGGCCUUUUCCAGUAAUAAUCUAUGUGGGUAUUAUCUUGUCGACCUUGGGUGCUGCUCUCCAGAGCUUAACCGGAGCACCGCGCUUGUUAGCAGCUAUUGCAAAUGACGAUAUUUUACCUGUUCUUAAUUAUUUCAAGGUAGCUGAUGGGAGUGAGCCGCAUAUUGCCACCCUCUUUACUGCCUUCAUUUGUAUUGCAUGUGUUGUGAUUGGGAACCUGGAUCUUAUCUCUCCGACAAUUACCAUGUUUUACUUGCUGUGUUAUGCGGGUGUGAACUUAUCCUGCUUCCUUUUGGACCUUCUUGAUGCUCCUAGCUGGCGUCCAAGGUGGAAAUUUCACCAUUGGAGCCUCUCACUUUUUGGUGCAACUAUUUGCAUAGUGAUCAUGUUCUUGAUCUCUUGGUCAUUCACGAUUGUCUCUCUUGCCCUUGCAUGCCUUAUUUACAAAUAUGUGUGUAUCAAAGGGAAAGCCGGAGAUUGGGGUGAUGGUUUCAAGAGUGCUUAUUUUCAACUCGCCCUCCGAAGUCUUCGUUCUCUUGGAGCAAAUCAGGUGCAUGCAAAAAACUGGUAUCCUAUUCCGUUGAUCUUCUGCAGGCCUUGGGGCAAGCUACCAGAGAAUGUACCAUGUCACCCCAAACUUGCAGAUUUUGCAAAUUGUGUGAAAAAGAAAGGGCGCGGAAUGUCAAUCUUUGUCUCUAUUCUUGAUGGGGACUAUCUUGAAUGUGCCGAAGAUGCCAAGAUUGCCUGCCAACAGUUGAGUACAUACAUUGAAUACAAGCAGUGUGAAGGUGUUGCAGAAGUAGUGGUGGCCCCCGACAUGUCUGCUGGUUUCCGUGGAAUUGUCCAAACGAUGGGCCUUGGAAAUCUCAAACCUAACAUUGUGGUAAUGCGAUACCCAGAAAUCUGGCGUCGUGAAAACCUUACUGAAAUUCCCUCCACCUUUGUUGGAAUAAUCAAUGACUGUAUUGUAGCAAACAAGGCAGUCGUCAUUGUCAAGGGUCUUGAGGAAUGGCCCAAUGUAUUUCAACGGCAGUUUGGCACAAUCGAUCUUUAUUGGAUUGUUCGAGAUGGAGGUCUCAUGCUACUCCUCUCCCAGCUUCUCUUGACUAAGGAGAGCUUUGAGAAUUGCAAAAUUCAAGUCUUCUGCAUAGCAGAGGAGGAAACUGAUGCUGAAGGCCUCAAAGCUGAUGUGAAGAAGUUCCUUUACGAUCUCCGUAUGCAGGCAGAAGUAAUUGUUAUUACAAUAAAAACUUGGGAUGCACAAGUAGAAGGUGGGUCCCCGCAGGAUGAGUCAAUUGAAGCAUAUACAGCUGCUCAGCGCCGAGUUGCUGAUUACUUGUCAAAUAUGAAAGAAACCGCCGAGAGAGAAGGCACUCCUAUGAGGGAUGAUGGUAAAAAUGUAGUUGUGAACGAGCAGCAGAUAGAAAAGUUUCUUUACACCACUUUGAAGUUGAAUUCGACAAUGCUAAGAUACUCCAGAAUGGCGGCUGUAGUGCUUGUUAGUCUACCGCCACCUCCUGUGAACCACCCAUCCUACUUUUAUAUGGAAUACUUGGAUCUUUUAGUGGAAAACAUUCCAAGGCUUUUAAUUGUAAGAGGAUACAGGAAAGAUGUGGUCACCUUGUUCACAUAAGUUAAAUUGUUGUACUUAAGGACUAGAAACAACUUGGAACAAGAUAAUUUCUUCUGUUUCUUAAUUCUUUGUAGCUUCAAAAUUUUGUCAAUUAUUCUUUUUGUAGAUGUAUCAUUAUUUUCUUGUCACCAGACGGUGACUUCCACAA